AUGGCGGCGGGGCCCGAGGGGGCCGUGGCGGCGGCGCUGAGCGGGGCGGGCGCGCUGCGCUUCGGGCACUUCGUGCUGAAGAGCGGCCGCUCCUCCCCCGUGUACAUCGACCUGCGCGGCCUCGUGUCCCACCCGCGCCUCCUCCGGCAGGUUGCAGGGCUUCUUUUCCAAGCGGCCCGAGAUGCGGGUCUGGAGUACGACUGUGUGUGCGGCGUUCCGUACACGGCGCUGCCGCUGGCCACCAUCAUCUGCUCGGAAAAUCAGGUCCCGAUGCUUAUACGGAGAAAGGAGGGAAAAGACUACGGUACUAAGCGGAUGGUAGAAGGCACCAUUAAUCCAGGAGAGACAUGCCUGAUCAUUGAGGAUGUGGUAACUAGUGGAUCCAGUGUACUGGAAACUGCAGAAGCUCUUCAGAAAGAAGGAUUAAAAGUCACAGAUGCCAUAGUGCUGUUGGACAGGGAGCAGGGUGGGAAGGCCAGGCUAGAGGACCAUGGAAUUCGCCUGCACUCUGUGUGCACCUUGUCUGGGGUGCUGGACAUUCUCCAGCAGCAGGGAGAAGUGGCUGCUGAGAUGGUUGAAAAGGUGAAGAAAUUCAUUGAGGGAAAUACGUUUGAGGCAGUGGCUCAGAAUGGUGCUGCUCCUGUGAAGCGACACUGCAAGGAGCUGAGCUUCAGUGCUCGUGCCCAGCUGCCAGGGGUGCAUCCUAUUGCAGCCAGGCUUCUCAUGCUCAUGGAAAAGAAGCAAACAAACUUGUGCCUUUCUGCUGAUGUCACCAGCCCCAAGGAGCUGCUGCAGCUGGCUGCCACCCUGGGCCCCAGCAUCUGUAUCCUGAAGACUCAUGUAGACAUCUUGAAUGAUUUCACCCAAGAGAUAAUAAAGGAGUUGAGAAUGCUGGCAGAUCAACACGAAUUCUUGAUUUUUGAAGACAGGAAAUUUGCAGAUAUUGGAAACACAGUGAAACAUCAGUAUGAAGGUGGUGUGUUCAGAAUCGCAUCCUGGGCAGACAUCAUCAAUGCCCAUGUGGUUCCAGGCUCUGGAGUUGUGAAAGGUCUGAAGGAAGUAGGUCUUCCUCUCCAACGUGGCUGUCUCCUGGUUGCAGAGAUGAGUUCCCAAGGGUCCCUUGCAACGGGUGAAUACACAAAAGCUGCAGUACAGAUGGCCGAAGACAACUCAGAUUUUGUUUUUGGAUUCAUAUGUGGAUCUAGAGUUAGUAAUAAACCAGAAUUUCUUCACUUAACCCCAGGAGUGCAGCUGCAAACUGGAGGUGAUAACCUCGGACAGAAGUACCUAAGCCCCAAGGAAGUUAUUGGUGAAAAAGGCUCAGAUAUCAUUAUUGUGGGACGUGGCAUCUUGGCAGUUUCAGACCGUCUCCAAGAAGCAGAGAAGUACAGGAAAGCAGCAUGGGAGAGCUACAUGAGCAGGCUUGGUGUUCCUGCAGAAGACUGA